AUGGCCACGUCUGGAGACGACGACAUGGCCGAGCUCGUGAUCUCCUCGCUCCCGCUCGAGACGCGGUGCCCGCCGUACCCCCUCAGGCAGCACGGCGGCUUCUGGUUCUCCGAGCCGUUUCUCCCGGCCGUCGCGGCCGCCCGCGCGCGGUUCGAGGCCAGGCCGUCCGACGUCCUCCUCGCCAGCUUCCCCAAGUCCGGCACCACCUGGCUCAAGGCCCUCGCCUUCGCCACGCUCCACCGCGCCGACCACCCGCCGCGCGGCCUCGACCACCCGCUCCGCCGCCGUAACCCCCACGACUGCGUCGAGUUCCUCGAGGAGGCAUUCGCGUCUCCGGCGGCGAAGGACAGCGGCGGUGACGUGCUCGCGGCGCUCCCUUCGCCGCGCCUGAUCGCCACCCACCUGCCGUACACCCACGUGCCGAAGAGCGUGACCACCGAGGGCACCGGGUGCAAGAUUGUGUACGUCUGCCGCGACCCCAAGGACGCGCUCGUCUCCAAGUGGCAAUUCACCAAGAAGAGAUUGGCGUUCGCCGCGGCAGCUCCAGAUAAUCCACCGAAGCCAUGCACAGUCGAUGAGAUGUUCGAGCUCUUCUGCGACGGUCGGUGCACCUACGGCCCUCAGUGGCACCAUGUGCUCGGCUACUGGGAGGCGAGCCGGAGGCAGCCGGAGAAGGUGCUCUUCCUCCGGUACGAGGAGAUGCUCCGGGACCCGGUGGGCAACGUGAGGAAGCUGGCGGAGUUCAUGGGGUGUGUGUUCUCCGGGAAGGAGGAAGCGGCGGGGGUCGCGGAGGACGUCGUGGAGCUGUGCAGCAUGGACACUCUCAAGAACAUGGAGGUGAACAAGAAUGGCACGCAAAACAGCGUCAAGAAUGAGGCUUUCUUCCGGAAGGGCGUGGCUGGGGACUGGAGCAACCACAUGACACCGGAAAUGGCGGCACGGCUGGACAAGAUUGUUGAGGACGCCCUGCAAGGGUCGGGGUUCGCCUUUGGUGAUACCGCCGAGUCCACGUGA